GCCCACCUCGCGCCCUAGCGGCCGUGGGGCGAUGGCGGCCGGCUGCGAGAGGCUGCGCGACCGGCACGGCGCGCGGUGGACCCUGCCGCUUCGGCCGCCGCUGUGCCUCGCUUGCGCUGUGGAGACCUUGGGCGACGGCGGAGCCUCGGUGGGGCUCCCCCUUCCCUCUAGGCCUUGGUACCCCCGCAGCCCGCUCCUGCGUCGGGGCAGGGGUUCCGGGCACGGCGGGUGACGCUUUUACUCCCACGAUAAGCGUUGGGGCAGGCCUGGGUGCUAACGGUUGUCUCCCACCCGCAGCUGGUGCGGAAGAAGCACGCGCUGUCCCGGCUGCGCGAUGCCCUGGCCUGGCAGGCGCUGCCGGUCGUCCAGCUGCUGGCUCCUGACGAGAGGGGCUGCCUCUGUCUGAUAGGAACACUCUUCGGGAUGUGUCACGCUGUGGAAGACAGCGAUACCCAGGACCAGUUUGGAGAAGGUGAGGUGCAGAUGCUGUGUGCCAGUCAGUGGCAGUUUGUGAGAGGCAUCCAUCUUGUGUGAUAGCGGUAGUGAGGUGCUCAGCUUCUGCACAGCUUGAAUUGGGAAGAGCUUCUAUUUUCUGUCAGUUGCAAAAGUGCUAAGCAGACCGUUCCAAUAUUUUGGGGUGCGUGUGUGUGAAGUGCGUGUGCAUUUAAACGUUAGCAUUUCUCCCUCAGGUUCUGUGUGUGACAUCGGAUGGGUAGCAUUUGCAAAUAAAGCCCCAUCUUUGGACCUGACCAAAUGAAAAUCUUUGUAUUGGCCUCACUGAGCUUUGGAAUCUAGUGCUUUCUCCUCAGGACAAACAGUAUUUGGGACGUAGCUGUACAGCUUCUAGAUUCCUUUCUCUGAGCAGUCCUGCAUUUGUAAUCUGGAGGAAACGCCUGCAGGGCUGAGAAGGGAUGUCUGCAGUCCUAUUAACCUUGGGCGUCUCUGCUGAGUCUUGUGAUAUUCACAGAGCAGCGAUUUCCUCCUGUCCAGCCAUGAGAGAUGAAAGGAGACGUGACCAGCUCCUUUCAGAGAGGUAUCAGUUUUCAGACACGUGCUUGAAAUGUGUUGCAAAGGUGAGAGAUGUUUCUGUCACGAUGCGGUUCUGCUGAGAGAGGGAUGAUUUCAAGCUGAGGAAUUUUAACUUAAUGAUACCUAAUUGUUGAGCGUUCUUAGAAAUAAAAUGUUCUUAGAAAUUCUGAGAGUUCCAGGCAGGAAAGGGCCAUUAAAUCACUUAUAUAUCAUCUGCCUCAAGAUAUGCCUCUGCUCAGAAACUUGGCUUUUCAUCUAAAGUAGGUCUCCUAGAUAAACUCACAGUAUUGCCCUGGAUAUACCAAGAGAUGGUACACCUAGAAGUCUCUGGGAUUUUUUUUUUAAUGCUUUCUACGAAUACGAAUAAAAAUAAUGUGUUAGAGUACAGCGUGCCCCGUUUGAAAUGAGUCAUGCCAUGAGGAGAAGUUAUAUCCAAACCAGCCUUACCAAAUCAUAUGGAGUGAUAUUCUGUACUGUGUCUCAGUUGAGAGUCACAGAGAUGAGCAGGGCCUCACUUUCUGGAAAGGUGUAGGGGAUGCCUGUGUACAUAUCUCUGGUAGACUGUAAUGUUACCUUCUCCGCAAGGCUGUUUUUAAAGGCCAGCUUUCAUACUGUAGGAUGUCUGCUCUAUUCCAUUAUUAGACUUUUUCAUGGUUUCACACUUGGGCUUUGUUUCCUUCCGUUCCUUAUGUUUACUUGAUGUCCUGAUACACCCUUUGUCAUUUCCAUGCAUGGGUUGUGAUGCUGCUAGAACAGGAUUGCUGCUGUAAUGUUGCUGCAGAGAGCCUCAGCUGGGCUAUCAGAAGUAAUAGCAUUGGGGCUCUGCUGUUACCUUGCUCUCUCAGCAGCCCCACGCUCAUUUAAUGGCUAAGCUCUUUGCUCACUGGCUGCUAACGCCCUGUGGAGGAUGGAUUGUGAGUGCUCUUUGAUGUGAAUUACUGAUCCCAUUUCUUCUGCCUAGUUCUUGUGCAGCUUAUAGUGGAGCUGAAGUCAGAGCAGUACUUGCGCUGCAUUCUGGAUGAAAGCCAAAAAGAGGUCAGUGAGGAUGAAUUCCCUGCCCUUCCCUUCAGAUCUUCAGAAGUCGAAGAGAUGAGAAUGAGAGGCCCUGCGAGACUGCAGCUACUGCAUUGGGAUGCAGCUUUACUGUAGUGGGAUGUCCUAAUGCCACUUCCCCUGCUGUGAUUUUGGCAUUGGUGUCUUCUCUGGAGUUUUCCUAUUGCUCUCAUGGCACACUGUAGCUGUAUGGCUUUAAUGAAACUGUGUGCCUUCCUCAGAUUCUUCUUUUCCUCCUUUCCCACGUCAGUGAAAUGAGGAGCUUUCGCAGCCUUCUGCUGUCUUUAUUCCUAAGUUUGUGGUGGUCCUGUGGGGUACAAAAAAUUGAGGAAUAGCAAAAGCAGGGAGAAAUUCAGCUGGUUCAUCUGCUCUUAUAGGAGCUGGAGGGGAAAGGGGUAAAGAGAUCUCAGUAAAGAGAUUUCUUGGAUAAAUUAAGGAAACAGUGCUGCAUUAUGGGGACUUAAUAGGUGUGUUGAGUUUUCCUCCGAUAUACCCUAAAUGGUGAAAAGGACCUGGUUUAGGUGAAGAUCCUGUUUUGGAGCAUUGUGCAUCACAGAUUGCUUACUGGUUUGUGUGUCUUUCUACCUAUGUACUGUGUUCUCAGCUGUGAAACAUUUCCUUCCUCUGUCUCCUCUACAGCUGUGCAAAGCAACUACCAGGAGAGGCAGCCUGCCCACGUUUACUCUCUUGGGCAAGCUGGCAGAUGCUGUCCCAGUCUUUGCUGACAUACUGGUGGUUGAGCACAGUUGGACAAUAAUCCUUUCCCUGAAGAUGAAGUGGUAUGCAGACCUCCUGGGCUGCUGGUCAGAACCUCAGUAGCAGGCUUGGCAUUGUGCUCGCAGCCAUCCUGACAAAAACAGCCUCUGAGAACUGUGUUUGUAGGUAAUUUAGUGGAUCAUCUGCUGGUGGGCUUGAUGUACCCAAAUGAAGGUGUAAAGGCUGCUGUCUGCUACUUGUACGGCAAGCUGUACUCCUCUCCUGUUGGCACAGAAAAGCUCUCAGUACACUUUGAAGAAAGACUGUGUGGCCUCUUCUUGAAUACUUUUGGCCAAGCACAGACAAAGGAGCUGCAGGUUAAUUGCUUGGGUUUGCUGAAGGAGCUGCUGAAAUCUGACCGUUUUGUAUCCAUUCUUAUGGAUAAUUCAAAACCGGAAGAAGAGUCUGAAAACUCUGAUUUGUUAGAAGGGGAAAACCCACUUCCACUCAUUCUCAAAAAGCUUUUGUUGAGCAGAGACGAGAUGUUACAGGCAGCAAGCUCUCACUGUAUGGCUGCAGUGCUGGUUCACUCUCCCAGCAGAUACGCUCCUGCCUUUAUCCAUGCUGAUGUCCCAGAAUUCCUGUUCGAGUGCCUCAUGUGCAGCAGUGAAAUCCUCAUCUGGUCAGUGUAUUGCUCGCUGCUUCUCCUAACUGAAGAGCGCCUUUUCUUCUCCAAGUGUCACACAGUAUAUGGCAUAGAAUCUCUGGUGAGGAGUCUCCAACACGUCCUGCAGUUGAACAAUGUGGAGUUACACAAGCAAGGGCUCCUGCUCUUCACUGAAAUAGUGAAAAGCACAACCAGAGUGGCAUGCAGAGUUUGGGAUCCAAGGACAAGGGGCUGCAGGAAGGUGCAGGAGUGCUGUAUCGAGUGCAUUUGUUUUCCUGGCCCUGCAGACAUCAUAGUACACCAUAUUGCAAGUGGGUUUGUGCCUCUUGGGCAACCAGUGGAAAUUAAAUUAUUCACGAACCGAGGUAUAUGUAUAAAUGCCAUUGAUGUUUUGAUGAAGACAGUGGACUGCCCAGUGCUGGAGGUGGUAGUGGAGGCUGUGAAAGCUGUGGCAGCUUUUCUGAGGAAGGAUCAUCUGAGCUCCCCUCCAGUCCCCUAUGAAAAGCUGCAGAAACUGCUAGAGGCAGUGCUGAAGCGAUGUGUCGACCUUUCCCCACCACACAGUAGCAGCAAACAUGAAGGUGAACUCCUGUUAUCGAUGUCCCAGAGUAGAGUUUCUUGGAAACAUGGACAGCUAUUACUCAACACUCUGGAAAGUUUCAGAAAUGCUUGCAGGGUAGCAGUGGAAUUACAGAGUGACCCCAUGGCCCAGGAGAAUGCUUUCACUGCUCCCUGCUCAGAGAACAAGGAGACGCUGAACAACUUUUCUGAGUUCCUUUUGAGGAUCUGUGACAGUCUCUGCAUCCCCAUGGUCAUGAACUACCUGGAAAGGGCUGUCAGCUCCUCAGUGAUGGAGGUUUUCAUCUCAGCACUUAAUACCCUCUUUACAGUGGUGCCAAACAUGCGAGAUAAGUUCUCCAAAAAGCUGGCAUCCUCCUGCUUCAUCCGACUGAUACUGGAGCUGAAAGCCAGAUUUUGCUCUGUACAAAGUAAUCCUGCCUUGAAUCAGGCUUGCUCCAGCUUCCUCUGCAACUUGUGCCUGAGCCUUUACUCUACCACAGAGAAGGAGAGAACUUCUUCUCAAGAAGAGCAAGAGAUGUCUGAGCUCCUGCAGAAGAGUCUGCCUCAAUUAAACUACACAGUUGCAGAAAGCCUUCUCCUCCUGGCUGAAAACCCCGAACCUCUCUCCUUGGAUCAGUCUCUUUGCAACCACCAACACUGCUUCAUACUCCUCUUAUACUUUGCCUACACCCUUGGAGACAGGUUUGUCCCAGAAACCGAAUUGUUUUUAGCCAUAAGAAAUUUUCUCCUGCUAGCACAGGACCAUCGAGACUGCCUCCCUCCAUACAUACUCAGAGCUGUGCUUUACCUUCUUGCUGUCUGUCAGGACAAAGGCAAAGCCCUGGACUCGAGGUCACUGUGUACCAUAAAGAGGAUCCUGGAUAAUCUCCCAGAUCUGAGCUUGGUCUACAUUCAUUGUCCUCUGCUGCUGAAGUUCUUCCUGCACUGCCCUGAACUUAUGGGCAGAUUUGGACACCAGGUCCUGCAGCUCUGGUUUUCUUGGGAAGACUGCAACCAUAUGGAGACCGAAGAAGCUGCUUUUGGCACGUCUGAUCAGCUGAACAAUGCUAACCCUUUACUUCCCAUUCUGAAGAGCAAUUCCAGCAUUUUACUUAUUUUACUGGACCUGGUCUGCUCAAGUUCUGUGGAGGUGGCUCAGAAGGUGUUGAUGACUCUAAGGACCUUUCUGGAAAAAAAUGAGGAUGUAUUUGUGUGUGACCUCCUCCGCAGUCAGUUCCUACAGAUUCUGCAGCAGCUACUGGUAGAGAGUAGCUCAGCCUCCUUACAAGCUAACAGGAACCUGCCCAUUUUGCUGAGCCUCCUAUUCCUGGUGCAGCUGCGGAACAAGGGCAUGAGGGAGCUGGACAGCACAGACUUCAAGCUGCUUCACCAGGUCAGUAACCUCUGUGGGAAAUGCAGGCCGAAAGACAUAGACCUCCUGCAGCCAUCCUUGAAUUUUCUGUACUGUACCCUUCAUCAGACAACACCUUGUAGUCAACAGAGAGCAGUGGCAGUGCUGCUCUCCAACGUGUCCUUGCUUGAGCUCCUCCAGAAGCUUUUGGAGUGCACCUGGAUGUGGUCUUUUCCCUCUGAACCUACUUACCUGUCGUCUGAAGAUGCCUUGCUAAGCUCAGGAUGGCUGCUGGCUGCUUCCCUCUUAAUUUAUCAGCAUCGUUACAACACUGAGGUUCACCAGACACUCUCUGUAGACCUAAGACAAGUCCUGAAUGCAGUCAUCUUCAGGAAUAAGAAGCCAGUCCUGCUGUUAGUGAGCAUCGUGCAGUUCCUGAGAGCCAUCCUGCAGCAGAACUUCUCCUCCCUGCUGGUGACUGUUGUACAAAACACAGCCCAAGGUGCUACGCAACCACAGCCAUUGUCACUGGAGGAUGCUGCCUUGCACCCCCUCACCACGCAGCAGGUCUUCUCCCUUGUUGUCAGCCUGCAGAACCUUUUGGUGCAUGUCUACUUGCAGAAAGACUUACUGCUUUCUCAAGCUGUGGUUGCCUGCCUGGAAACGUUACUGGAAUACCUGUAUGUGAGGAACCAGGAUGUUGCACUACAUGUUGCUUCACAGCCCUGGCACCGAUUCCUGCUCUUGACACUGCUCAGUGGGAGCCAGAAGUCCAUUCUGCAGCCAGAAAUUCUCAGGCUCAUGACUUUGUUUCUGAAAUAUCAGAGCAGCAAUAUCAUUUCUCAAAAAGAAAUUGGCCAGAUUCUCCAGGAAGUGGCAGAAGCCAACUUAGUAGAGCUGCCAGAGGCCACAUCUCGGGCUCUUCACCUCUUCCUCUGCCAGAUUCAGAGCAGCCGUUGUCAGGUGGAGCCAGUGCAGGCACGGACCAUUCAGACCUUGCUGGAGCACCUUCCACAGCAGACGAACACCUGUGCAAAACAUCAGGACAUUGUAUGUGUGGGCAGUGUGACGAUAGCCCUGCCACAGUGAAGACUGAAAUGACAAGAUGGGGUACACGCAACAGAGUGAUGAGGAAAGAACAGAAUGGGAGGUGGCACCCUGCCAUUUGCUCCUUGUAGGCUGUAGAGAGGAAGCGGCCCAAGGAAGUCAGUUUGUUGUUAAGUUUUUGUUGAAUAUCGUUCAUAAAGCACAGUUUCUUAAACA